GAGGAGAACCAGUUCCACUCUUUGUUUCCCAACCCACCGCCAUUCUGGAAGAGCUUCACGGCUGAGAACCUCGCGCGGCUCGAUGAGAUUAAGAAGGGUGCUCAAGGGGGUGCUCAGGAUGGCAAUGCAGAUAUGUCUACAAUACAAAAUGCCGCCACAGAAACAUCUACGACCCAGCUCUCCGCCGCUCAGCUCCUUACCCUCCCAGCCGAACUCCGGUACCUUGUCCCGCCCGCGCCGCCCGCAGAAGACAGCGAGUACCGCGUCUUCAACAUCCCCACCCGGAUCCGCGGCAUGGACCUGUUUCAAAAGAACCUCGAGUCCAUGAAGCGCGACAUGGAACAAACCGGGCUAUUCCCUGGGUGGGAAUACGAGCAGCUGUUCCCCUCGCGACCUCCCUCCUCCGACAACGGGGCUUCAGAAUGGACGCUGGACAGGCAGCAAUAUCUACUACGCUUCCUCCGCUCGAUCCUGCUCAACUUCCUCGAACUCCUGGGCAUCCUGGCUACGAAUCCCGCGUCCGACGACGGCGAGCAGAAGAUGAAGGAUAUCUUGACGCUGGUCGCGAAUGUGCAUGCGCUGGUCAACGAGUACCGGCCGCAUCAGGCGCGGGAGACGCUGAUCCUCAUGAUGCAGGAUCAGGUCGAGAGGAAGAAGGCGGAGAUUGAGGCGGUGAGGCAGGUCAAGGGGAAGGUGGCGGCGGCUUUGGCGGAGCUGGAGAGGAGUGCGCCUGGGAGGGAAGCUGGGGUUCUGCGGGAAGAUGAGGUGGUUGUUGAGCCGGAGGAGAAGAGGCGCGAGAUGCAGCGGCGAAUGUGGUAUGCGAUGGAUGAAUUGCUG